GAACGCGUCAUUUCGCAUCCUGGAGGCGGUGACAUCUGGGUUACUGGAAGUCAAUGUGAACACAAAAAAUUGCCUCAGUGGGACAAAACCUGGGGGGGAAAAAACUCUCAGACUGCUGCAGAGGAACCCAGCGAGGACAGGAACUGCGUUUGCCGGCAAACUGCUCUUUGCUCCGGAUCGAAGCCAGAGAUGGCCACCGAGAAGACGGCAUACACCCCCUUGGAGGGGGGGUCUUCUCCACCCUCGCUACCCGGGCAGCCAGCGUUCCCUGUCGGAUUCGACAUGAACAUGCAAGGCCCGAACACUUUCGGAGGCCCCGCUCCUGGUGGCUUCCCUGCUCCUGCUGGUCUCCCUUUCCCUCACCCGACUGCUUUUGCACCGGGCGCUCCUGGUGCCUACGGGAUGGGCGGAAUGAAACAAGGCGACUCUGGAUAUGUCAACCCGGUCUCACCAUAUUCCGCUCCAGGCCCGGGCUUCACUGAUGAUGUUUACCACGGUGAGGAUGAUCCGCCGCCCUUUCACGAGAAUCAAGACUUUGAUUUUGGAUUGGAUAACAAGAGCAUAAGAAGAGCCUUUAUUAGAAAGGUCUUCUUGGUGUUGACCGCUCAGCUCAUGGUGACAUUCGCCUUUGUGGCGGUUUUCACCUUUGUGGAUCAAGUCAAGCAGUUUGUCAUGGUGAACACCUGGACGUACUUGGUGUCCUAUGGGAUAUUCUUUGUGUCUGUUUGCGUGAUAAGCUGCUGUGGAAACGUUCGCCGAAGACAUCCCUGGAACCUGGUGGCAUUAUCCAUCCUGACUCUCAGUAUGUCCUACAUGGUGGGAAUGAUCGCCAGCUUCCAUGACACUGAGUCAGUGGUCAUGGCAGUGGGCAUCACAGCAGUUGUGUGCUUUGCAGUGGUCAUCUUCUCUCUGCAGACCAAGUGUGACUUCACUUCCUGUCACGGGGUGCUUUUUGUCUGUUUAAUUGUCCUGAUCUUCUUCAGCAUCCUCUGCAUCAUCAUCCGUGACAGGAUUCUGCACAUCGUGUAUGCUGGACUGGGAGCUAUGCUCUUCACCUGCUUCUUGGCCGUGGACACGCAGCUGCUGCUUGGCAACAAGGAGCUGUCCCUGAGUCCAGAGGAAUACGUCUUUGCUGCUCUGACCCUGUACACAGAUGUCAUCAACGUCUUUCUCUAUAUUCUCGCUAUCAUUGGAAGAGCCAGGGGCAGUUGAGCUGGAGCAACAGAUCGAAAGUCUGGCAGGAAAUUGUUUUGAAAGUGGCUUCCUUUACUCUUGAUUUCUGUCUUGUAGUGUGCACUAAAACAGUUAAGUUUUUGCUUCACCCUGUGUAAAUGUUUUUAUAUGAUAAUAUAAGUAGAUAAUCUUUGUUGUAGUUUGGGGGUUUAUUAAAUUUCUUUGAGGUGUGUGACCUGAUGUAGAAAACUUUUUAUCUUGGUUUCUAUCUUAUCUUAUGCUAUGAAAUCAUUAAAGUUUCAGUGUGUGGGAUUUAGGAGCAGAUAUGUAAUAUAAUACUAUAUGAUACUAAUUUUGUUAUGGUCAGUGUAUAAUCACCUGAAACUAGGCAAAAUUGUUCUUUUGAAUGAACAUUUUAUGUCUACAGAGGGAGCAGAUCCGCCAUGUACCACGUCAUUCUUCAAGAGUAGCUCAAAAUCUAACCCUGGCUCUAGCAGAGGGCUGCUGGACUCCUACACACCGGACUUUUAAACAUUGUAAAUAUUUGGCACGUUUUUGGCAGGACUUUGAAGUGUAUCACACAGUCUGUCAGCAAAAGGACUGUGAAUUGUUGUCAUGUCUCUUUGUUUAGGGAGGGUUCCUAACUGAGAGAAAUUAUCUGGGUCGGUUCUAUAAAUGUUUAGGAAAAGUG